AUGAAGCUUCUUAUUCUUGUUUUCUUGUUCACGGUGCCUUUUAUUGCUGCGAUUUUCCUCGAAGGUGGUGGUGGAGUAAGACAUCAUGGUGGAGGUGGUCGAUUCUCAUCAUCUUCCUCUUCUUCUGGAUCUUCUGGAUCUUCAGAAGAACAUGGACACCAUCAUGGGCAUAGGCCUCCAAGUAGACCACCCCAUAGACCUCCACGACCACCCCAUAGACCACCACGACCACCCACCAGAGAGCAGUGUGAUGAUGGAUGGCUGGAAUUCCAGAGACCUAAUGGGAUUUGGUGUAUUUUGCGAAUGAAAGUGGCAGAAGAGGCGCUUAAGUUAACAACAGCACUAGGGCGUACUGUAGCUGGACUCUGGGUAGGAGCUACUAAUCUUCCUGGAUGCAGAUCUCCUAGCUGUGGACCGUAUAACACUUUCCAAUGGACCGAUGGAGAUACAACAGGAUUUGAAGGCAUCAAAUGGGGUGUCGGUGAACCGGAUAACAAUAAUUGGCCGGGAGCCACAGCUUGCAUUCAACAGUUCAUCAUUUCUCCUAACUUUGUCGCUGGACCCGAGGAUUUCGCGGGAUGGAAACCAGCAUUUGUAAAUGGGGAUCUUGACAAGUACCAAUGCAAUUCGCAAGUUUAUCCAAGGACGAGAUUCUACAUAUGCGGAAAGAGAGGAGUUCGGAAAUAA